AAUCAGCAGAGAAUCCCUUUUAUAUUCUCAGCUCCCGAACUCCAAGCAACAACUCUCCACUCUCAAUCCCCAGACACUCUGAUCGUACAGGACCUUGUUUGGUUUAAAUUAUCUCCGCGUCACUAUUUCUUCUUUUUAACAUGGAGGUCGAAACGCAGUCCUCGCCAAACUUCGAUCGCGAAUAAAAAUUGCCCCUCCCUUAUUGUCGAUAUAAAGGCAAGAUGUUGAUUUCCUCUUCCAACCAUUGUUCUGGCGAUUUUCGGAGCUCCGAUUCGUCCAUGUUGGACAUUGAUGCUCCGGAAACCAACGGGGUUGAUUCUGCGACGGCGGAUGAUCCGGAAUGCUGCAGUGCCAAAUUGUCUCUGGCUCACAACGGAACUGAAGAGUUGUCGUCGAUCAACUGCGGAGAAGAAUUGGGCCACACCGCGACCCCGGGUGAUGUGAAUGCGGAGGGAGGCCCGUGUGAGUCGACCGCGGCGGUGAAGCUGCAGAAGGUGUACAGGAGUUACCGCACGCGGCGCAGGUUAGCAGACUCUGUUGUUGUAGCUGAAGAACUAUGGUGGCAGGCGUUAGACUUUGCUAGAUUAAAUCACAGUACGAUUUCCUUCUUCAAUUCGCCAGAAAGUGUGGCCUCGAGGUGGAAUCGUGUUGGAUGGAAUGCUUCCAAGGUCGGCAAAGGUCUGUCCAUAGACGCAAAGGCACAAAAAUUGGCUUUUCAACAUUGGAUUGAAGCGAUUGAUCCGCGGCACCGUUAUGGGCAUAACUUGCAUCUCUACUAUGAGGAGUGGUGCAAGGCAAAUGCUGGGCAGCCAUUUUUCUACUGGUUGGACGCAGGUGAUGGCAAAGAACUUGAUCUUAAACAAUGUUCAAUGUCAAAGCUUCAACAACAAUGCAUAAAGUAUCUUGGACCUCAAGAGAGAGAGAAUUAUGAAUAUAUAGUUGAGGAUGGAAAAGUCAUUCACAAACAAUCUGGGAGUCUCCUUGAUACUUACAAGGAAAACCAAGGGUGCAAGUGGAUAUUCGUUAUGAGCACUUCACAAAAAUUGUAUGCUGGUGAGAAAAAGAAAGGAAUGUUCCAUCAUUCUAGCUUUCUAGCAGGAGGAGCUACAUUAGCUGCUGGAAGGCUAAUAGCGCAGCAGGGGAUUCUUAAGUCUAUCUCUGCAUAUAGUGGACAUUACAAGCCUACAGAUGACAGCCUUGACAUCUUUUUAUCCUUUCUUGGGCAAAAUGGAGUAAACCUUGAUGAAUUUGAGAUACAUAAAGCUAGCAAAGAUUCCGACAGCUAUGACGAUGAUUUCAAAUCUAGUGGAAGUGGGACGCUGCCUGAACUUUCAGCAACGAUGGAGCCUCCUAAACCUGAUAUUGUCAAUGAGGAGAAGAAUUUGACCUCAGAAGCAUUCGAAGAAGUUAAGCCACCUGAAACUAAAGGUGAAUACAAAAGGACUUUAUCUGGUGGUCUUCAGAGCCCAAGAGCAGAGGUGACAAAGCAAGCGAUACUACAAAGAAUCAAUUCCAAGAGCACAACCAAUUCAUACCAAUUAGGGCAUCAGCUCUCCUUGAAGUGGUCAACAGGAGCUGGUCCAAGAAUUGGAUGUGUUGCUGACUACCCCUUGGAACUGAGGUCCCAGGCCCUGGAAUUUGUGAACCUAUCUCCAAGAACCCCACCUACACCAUCAACCUUGAGGAGGAUCAAUGGUCUUGCAUCACCGACUGCGCAGCAUACAUCAGACUGGAUUAAUGGUAACCCAUCUCCGAGAAUGCCUUUCACAUUAUCAACUUGAACUUACAGGAGGGCCACUGGUCUUGCAUCACCUGGUCCUACACCACAGCCGAGAAUGGACUUGGCUAAUGGUAAUGGGACCAUUGGUGACCGAAUGUCAUGUCUCAUCGGUUUCCAAGAUAGAUGUUUAAGUAGAUGUAAAUUAUCUGAUCUGAUCUCAGUCACUUCACUCUUUUUGUAAUGCUUGUAGCAUUAUCUGAAUUGCCUCCACAACAGCCGCUGAGCUUUCUUUUACUGCAAUUUACGCCAAAUUUUGCUA